GGAAAGAUCUGUGGGACAGAAGAACGAGGCAGAGUGAGGAAAGCAGAGAGAGACGCUGGAUCUUCGCUAACAAUGAUGAAGACGUUACUGUUACUGUAUCUGUGCCUUCAUGUCACCUGGGCUCAGGAUGUGUUGGAAUAUGACGACUAUGAGGUGGACAACAAGGCACCAGCAAAGAAUGCCACAAGCGAAGGAGCAGCUGUCGAUGCUCGAGGCCAUCGGCCGCUGACCAGAGGCAGAGAAACGUACAACGGAAACCGAUACGUCCCUCCACCAAUCAGCGGAGGCAGCAGGUACCGCGGUCGCCCUACCCCAGCUCCGGUCGGAGGUCGCCAGGAGAAGAAAAAGGAGGAGUACUAUGAGGCAGGAGGAUGUACGCAUGCUUCAGAGGCGAUGGGCGUUUUGUGUCCAACUGGCUGCGAACUGAAGAACUCUCUGCAGAAGCAAGAGCGGAACGUUAAAUCGAUCAUUGUAGAGCUCAGGCCUCAGAUUGUUGACUUGUCUCGAUCGUCCAACAACGUCUACAAUUACGUCAAUGGCAUCUCCAGCUCUCUGAGGGAGCGGCAGCUUGUCUUCAACAACAACAACCAGGUGAUGAGAGAGUACACCGAUCAAGUAGAGGAACAACACGCCUACAUCAAAGAGACGGUGGACACGGUUUUCCCCUCCAACAUCAGAAUACUACAGGGGGUACUGGACAAGAUCAGGCUGAAGAUCCAGAAGCUUGAGAAGGCCAUUACAGCCCAGAAUGAUCAGUGCAAGAACCCGUGCAAAACGAACUGUCCGAUACCAGUCGUGUCUGGUAAAGAGUGUGAAGACAUCUUCCGGCGCGGAGGACGUGACUCCCAGAUGUAUGUCAUUCAGCCGGAUCCGUUGUUCCCACCGUACAAGGUCUUCUGUGAUCAGACCACCCAGAACGGGGGAUGGGUCCUUAUCCAGAACAGGCUUGAUGGCAGCGUUGACUUUGGCCGCCGUUGGGACGAAUAUCGCCGUGGUUUCGGAAACAUCGCUUUUGAGUCCAGCAAACGUUUCUGCGAGACUCCUGGCGAGUACUGGCUGGGCAAUGACCGCAUCAGUCAGCUGACCAAGAUGGGCCCCACCGAGGUUCUGAUCGAGAUGAAGGACUGGACAGGAGCCAAGGUCCAUGCCCAUUAUCAGCGGUUCACCAUCCAGACAGAAACAUCUAACUAUGUGAUGGCCGUCGAAGGUUACUCUGGGAAUGCUGGCAACUGUUUCCUGGAAGGAGCUCUGCAGCUGUUUGGUGAAAACCGCACCAUGACCAUUCACAACGGCAUGAUGUUCAGCACCUACGAUAGAGACAAUGACAACUGGAACCCCGGUGAUCCCUCCAAGCAGUGCUCCAGGGAGGACGGAGGUGGUUGGUGGUACAACCGCUGCCACUCGGCCAAUCCAAACGGGCGAUACUACAUGGGCGGAGCCUACACAGCACAGAUGGCAAAGCAUGGCACAGAUGAUGGCAUAGUGUGGAUGAACUGGAAGGGGAGCUGGUAUUCGUUGAAGGCCAUCAGCAUGAAGAUCAGACCUUACUUUGCAUCCAGAUAAUCGUGCGAAGGGGGCUGGCACAUUCAACUCAAACAGGAAACUACCAAAAUAAAAGACCACCCAAAGAGUUUUUCUACAGGGAGUGGAAGACCAAAAUAGAUGAUAUGGAAUAAAUAAUAAUUUGGUAAAACCCUGUUUGUUGAUGAACACAAGCAUAUUUAUACACAACUAACAUCAAGUAUAAGGAAAAAUGGUGUGAAACGAACCAAAACAACAGGUAGCAUUACUCUAAAACAUAAAUAAUAACAUUAAGCGGUUUAGCUUUAAAAAUAAGAGGGGAAACCUGAUCUGUUGUGUAAACAUAUGCUGUGAUUCAUCUUGUGUGCAAUAAAGGCACAGUAAAUGAAACUGUCCUCUGCUACUCAAUAAACAUAUUGAGGAACCUA